GUGUUGCCUUUAUUCCUCGGGAAAGUGGAAGUGGUAAUGGUGAGGGUGAGAUAUAUAGUCAACAUGGCGAAGAAAGUGUGAAAAAGUGAGGGCAUAUUUGAUCGUAAAUGGACGAAUAUGGUGAGGGGAAGUGCAAUGAAGUGAAGUGCAUUAGUUGUAAGAGGGAAUAGUACAAAAGAAAUCGAAAAGGAAAAAUGGGGAACUGCUUUAGCAGUAGUAAUCGCAGUGGGAAAAAGGACCCAACUAUUACUGACAGUCGGAGUAUCGCCUCUCCAAAUAAUCUGUUUACCGAACAGGUUCAGGCGCAACCAUUAACGGGACCUACUAUAAGUGAUCCAAGUGGUGCCACAAGGGGAACACAAGACACUCAUGCCCUCGGAGGGCGGCCAAUGAAUGGCCUCAAUCCAACUUUACCGUCAGUACCAGACCCUGAGGGAAGUGCAGCAGCAUUAUCUAAAGUGUUUGUAGCGUUAUAUGACUAUGAUGCACGCACUGACGAAGAUUUAUCGUUUAAGAAAGGUGAACAUUUGGAAAUUCUGAAUGAUACCCAGGGUGAUUGGUGGUUUGCAAGGUCCAAAGCUACAAAGCAAGAAGGAUAUAUUCCCUCAAAUUAUGUGGCCAAACUUAAAAGUAUAGAAGCUGAACCGUGGUACUUUGGUAAAAUAAAAAGAAUAGAAGCAGAAAAGAAAUUAUUACUACCUGAAAACGAACAUGGUGCCUUUUUAAUAAGAGAUUCAGAAAGUAGAAGAAAUGAUUAUUCCUUAUCAGUCCGAGACGGUGACACAGUGAAGCACUACCGAAUUCGUCAGCUCGAUGAGGGUGGUUUCUUCAUUGCACGAAGAACAACAUUUAGAACACUUCAAGAAUUAGUAGAACAUUAUAGUAAAGAUGCUGAUGGAUUAUGUGUAAAUCUUAGAAAGCCUUGUAUUCAGAUAGAGAAACCAGUCACUCAGGGAUUAUCCCACAACACACGGGACCAGUGGGAGAUUGACCGGUCGUCACUCAAAUUUGUUCGUAAACUUGGUCAUGGCCAGUUUGGAGAGGUUUGGGAAGGCCUCUGGAAUAACACCACUCCUGUUGCUAUCAAGACCCUUAAACCAGGUACCAUGGAUCCCAAAGAUUUCUUAGCUGAAGCACAGAUCAUGAAGAAACUAAGACACCAAAAAUUAAUACAACUUUAUGCAGUUUGUACCUUAGAGGAGCCCAUAUACAUUAUAACAGAACUUAUGAAGCAUGGCUCACUUCUAGAAUAUCUUCAAGGCAAGGGCCGUACCCUCAAACUUACCAACCUGAUUGAUAUGGCUGCUCAGAUAGCUGCUGGUAUGGCCUACUUGGAGUCACAAAAUUACAUUCAUCGUGACUUGGCUGCAAGAAAUGUCUUGGUUGGUGAUAGCAACAUUGUAAAGAUAGCAGAUUUUGGCCUUGCACGACUCAUUAAGGAGGAUGAAUAUGAGGCGAGGGUUGGAGCACGCUUCCCCAUCAAAUGGACAGCACCAGAAGCUGCUAAUUAUUCUAAAUUCUCAAUAAAGAGUGAUGUUUGGUCAUUUGGCAUCCUUCUGACUGAACUUAUUACAUAUGGGCGAAUACCUUACCCAGGUAUGACAAAUGCAGAGGUGUUGCAUCAGGUUGAACAUGGUUACCGCAUGCCGCCACCACCUGGCUGUCCCCCUGCCUUAUAUGAUAUCAUGGUUGAAUGCUGGCACAAGGAUCCAAUGAAGAGACCUACAUUUGAAACACUAACUUGGAAGCUAGAGGAUUUCUUCACCCUUGAAGGGUCGGAGUACAAAGAGGCUGCUGUGGCUUACUGACCUUCAGCCAUGAAGCCUCGCUCCGGGGGCUGCAAUGACAUGGAACUGUAUCCAGCAUUUACUUAGGUGAUGAGUUUUCUCUCCUCUACACACUGUUUAGUCAAUAAUGUGAGGGAGAAACAAACAAACAAACAAUAAAGAAAGGCUUUCUAUUUGACAGAUGAUGGACACCUGUAAUACCGUUUUUCAGAACCAGUAGUUUUUGCAGACAGUUGCAAAUUGAGGAGGUUAUUGCCGGUUGAAAAGAUUUUAGGCAUUUCAUACUUUGAAUUUAUUUUCUGAUAAACUAGGAAGAAAUAUUUCUUAAGAUCAAAUACAGAAGGUUUUUAAAAACUUGUCCUCUUUGUGUGUUCAUUGCAUUAUAGUUUGUUUUUCACCAUAGCUGAAGUGGUUAUUGUUACUAAAAACUGAGUAUUGUAGGUAUAUUUCAAACAAUAUGCCUUCAAUAAUUGUUAUCGAUAGUAAGAUAAGCAUAUCUGGGAUAAUAUCAUUGCGCAGAUAUGAAUGUUAUGCUAAUCAGAAGACCACAUUGUAUAAUGGGAGAUAAAAAUAAUUAUACAAGCUUCUCUUAUAAAUCUAGAAAAAUUCAAAUUGAAAAAUCAUAGUUCAUAAGAACAUAGAUGUAGUUUUGUGUUCUUUUGCAAGUUGAGCUUAAGCAAACAGUGUAUAGAAAUAACCUUUUAUUUCUUUCUUUUUUACAAAAUAGCUCAUAAUGGUCUCACAUUUAUUAAACUUGAGGAAAAAUUAGUUCACAUACCCAAUCCUGUGUAAGAGUCUUGAGAGAUAGUACUAUAUUUUGUAUGAUUUGAACAGUUCUGUAGUGACUGUUGAAUCAGUGUCAGGCUUUAAUAUAAAAAUAAGACUGAAAUUUGGGGAAGAUAUUUAGGCAAUUUAUUUUUAAAGAGAGUUGAAAGUUUCUGAAGUGAAAAUUGUGUUGUAGAUAACAGUAACAAUGUAUGUGCAGUCAGAAUUUUAAAGGCGUCAUUUUCAUAUAAUGAUAAUGUAUUUACUCAACCUUUUAAUGCUCAACUAUGGAAUGCAACAGGAAGACUAUUGUUUAGUAUGCAGUGAUAGGAUUAAAGAUGAAGGCUAAGGAAUAAGACUAUGUAUUGCAUGAAUUGGAUUUCCUGUGGUGUGAAUGCUUUCAAGUGUAAAACUUCAUGUAGUGUAGAAUUUCUAUAUUCUUUGGCAGUAUUGUACAAACUCUUUACUCUUAAAUCUCUCUGAAUACAGUAUUCAUUUGAGUUAUAUUUUGAAGAACAGAAAGAAUUCAAAUCAAAGAAAAGUUCAAGUUAGAACAUCAUAUGGGAGAUUUUAUGGAUUUAUAUGUUCUCUUUGAUUUUUUAUAUCAUUAUACUUUGCGUCCAUCUAAUAUUAGGCCUAACAGUGUAUAUUAGCUGCCACUUGCUUCCCUUCAAAGCAGUUUUUGAUAACGUGGGGAUUUAUGAGUCCAGUUACAUCAUUAUCAGAUUUCCUUUAAAAAAACUUAAUGUACCUGAUGUUAGAUGGGAUAAUUAGGAUAAAAGCUGUCGGUUGCAUUAUCUGCUACAAUGUCUUGCAUGAUGACGGAUGGUUCACACCAACUAGUCUUGAGCUUUUCUGCUUUUAUAUGACAUAAGAUUCUAAUUCAGUAUCAUCUUAAGAUGGAAAGAAUGUAAAUGUAAACAAAUGAUCUGAUUACUUUUUUAUUGGUUAAGAUUUAACUAGCAAUCAUUUAGAAUAAUUUAUGGCCACUCUCGACCUAAAUCAAAGCAAAUGCAGUAACUAUUUAAUUCCUAAAACCUAAUAGUCAGGUUUAUGUAAAGCUUACUUUUGAGCCCUGAGUUUCUUCAGGGAUUGAAGUGCUGUGAUCAUUUGAAGUUUCUUCAAACACUGUAACUUAACUUGACUUUUGCACAAUUUCCUUGUCUCCAGCAUCUUUGAUGAUGCUAUUAAAUCUACCUCCUAUUGCUUUGACUUGUGUGAUGCCUCGGUUCUGAAGAGCUAAUUUAGUGGUUUCCUAUUGAACAUGCAUUGGGUUUAGUUUCCUCUCACAUAACAGCACUUGCUACUUGCAUUUUUCAAUGUAAAUUCUCACAAUACAGCUGAUGCCACUAAAUUUGUCCUUGUUGUUUGGGGUAUUUGAAACAGGAACAGCCUUAUUUGCCAUGAGAUUUGACUGGGUGUAAGGAUACCAUAGUUGCUCAAGUGUAACUAGCUUUAUCCAUUUCAAAUAUUAACCAAGGUUUUUGUAGGAGAGGAAGGGAUCUCUACAUGGAAUGAUUUCCAGCUUAAGCAAGUAGUUUAGUACUGUAAUAUACUGUAGUAUUUGAUGCAGUACAAAAUAAAUGAAGGCCUUGGGACCCUAAGAGAAAGUGAGUGCUCACAUUGGAAUGCUUGAUUACUUGCCCCAAGUACCAUUUCAUUUAUCAUUAUCAUCUUACUAAUUUUCAUCACUAUUUUAAUCAUUCAUGAAAGUGUACUGUGUGUGCUUGGCAUGUUUUAUCCCACGUUUUUUUUUUUUUUUUUUUUUUUUUUUUUUUUUUUUUUUUUUUUUUUUUGGACCCCUUAGUCAUUUACAUUGUGUGCAAUUUGAGAAAGGGUGCAUUGCAUACAAGCAACAUUAUUAAACUAUUUAAUAAAAAUUGCACUUGAGCAAAUAUGGUAGUGAAGAGGUGAUGAGUGAAAGCAAGCUAGUAUUAAACUAAUUUUUGAUGGGAGUGAUCACCGACGGUGGUGUUUUGAGUUAACGCAAGUCCAUAAAGUAUUAUUGUUAAUGUAGUUUCCAACAAAAUGUAGGAAGUCUUGGUAGCUAAAUAGCAUUACUUUAAAAAUAAGAAAAAAUUUGUGAUGGAUCUCAAAAAUUGUUGGAUCAGUAAUAUGCAAAUUGUAAUGUUUUGAAGCUGUAUGAUUAUAUAUUUAGAAAUAUUAAGGGUUAUCUUUCUUAUUACUUAUCAUACACAAGUAUCCAAAAAGGGAUCAUUAAUGGACAUCAGCAAAAAUCAUCCAGGCAUUGGAAUUAAAAUGAUCAUUAACAAUAUUUUCACUGUAGUUGACAAACUCCUGAAAAACCAACUUCUGUAUUUGACGAGCAGCUCUAUGUUUUAUUCUUGAAAAUGUUCAUUAUCAUAUACAUAUUAGCAUCAGUAUUUCAUUCAUAAGCGCAUCCUUUUUUUUCUGACUCAUAUGUUCAUUAGAUGCCUGUGUAUGUAAUUGCCCAGACUUGUGUUUAAUUAUAAGAUGUAUACAUUGCAGCUUAAUGUAUCAGCUCUGUAUCCUUCGUAAUGGAUAUAAAAGCCUGCAUGAUGUUUAGGAAUAAAUCAAUAAAUAUUGUUCAGCUUUGUGGCAGCAGCAAAAAUAUGUAAAUUUGUAUAUCUUGUAUAGAGUAUAGUGCAUUUGUUAUGGUAGUGGACUGUGCAAGACACUCAGCUAAUGUAAACUUUGAGAUAAGUACUUUCUCUGUAUGCAGUUCUUGAACCCUUAGGAAAAUGUCUACACUGUAUAAUUUCAGUUCUGUUAGCCAUCAACUGCCAGAUCUAUCUUGAAUUUUGCAAUUGCAACUUAUCUAUAUGACUGAUGCUCUUAACUAUUCAGUAUGAAGUACAUGUAAAAUUCUGUAAAUUAUUUUAUUAAUGUACUGUGAAGUUGUAGUGGUUAGUUAAUUGAAAUUUGUUUUUAGUAAAUA